UCAUUUCAGUCUACAUAUUGUACCAAAAUGGACGGGAAGUUAACAGAUAAUGAUAUGGACCAGCUGGAGCAAUGGAUAGGUACAGGUCCUAAAACAUUUAAACUUCUCUACGCCAUUACAAGAGAUGGGUGCGUCUCUACAACGUUCCACCAGAAAUGUGACAAUCAGGGACCUACAGUCACAGUGUUGUAUAACCCACAAGGAUCGGUGUAUGGUGGUUAUGUACAAGAAAGCUGGAACAGUAGUGGCGACUGGACUAACGACACUUCUGCUUUCAUGUACCAGUUACGAUUUAAUGGGAAUGAUAAACGUACUAAAUUUCCGAUAAAAUCUGGAAAUUCUAACCAUGCUCUAUUCUGUGGUUCAUCUUACGGUCCACUUUUUGGUUAUGUUAAUGGUUAUGACCUAUUUACCUUUCAAAACACAGUAUAUAGCUCAGGCACCUUCUUUGUUCUCAAUGGUCAAAUGGACAUUGGGCAUUCCUACGACAAUCAAGGUGUUACUGCAAACCAGAUUAAUAAUGGUAACAAGAACGUCACCGAGUUAGAGGUUUAUAAAGUCGAGGAUGGGAAGAGGUCAAAACCUAUCAAGCAGGAGAACUUGAAACCAUGGCGUAAGACUGAAAGCUGGAAUGAACAGUUUUUAAAUGAACUUACGGAGGAUAUUGUAUCAUUCAAACCAAUACCUGAUUUGAAAGUGACAGAUGCCCGGAUUUUGAUAAUUGGUCCAGUUGGUGCAGGAAAGUCGAGUUUUUUCAACACUAUCAAUUCGAUAUUUCGAGGUCGAAUUACACAGAAAGCGCGUAGUGGUAGCGCAGAACAAAGCCUUACGACUGCUUUCACCCCAUACAAGGUAAAGGUCAAGUCAGGGGCGCCACUGAACUUCCGGUUAUGUGACACACGUGGUUUAGAAGAGUCCCAGGGUCUGGAUGUAUUCGAGUGUAACUAUUUGCUGGAUGGUAACAUACCAAAUUAUUAUCAGUUUCAUCCAACAAUACAGAUAACACCAAAAACACCUGGUUUUAAUGCAAGUCCUACCGCGAAUGACAUCAUACACUGUGCUGUUUUUGUUUUGGACGCCAGCACAUUGGAGAUCUUGACACCAAAAAUCAUUGAAAAAAUGAAAGCAUUUCAAAGGAUAAUGAAUCAGAAAGAAAUUCCACAACUUAUUCUUCUUACAAAGGUAGAUAAACUCUGUAAAGAAGUCGGAGAUGAUGUGUCAUUGGUCUUUAAGAGUCCGGAAGUGGAGCAGCACGUCGAAAAGGCCUCGCAACUCCUCGGACUACCCCCUGCAAAUGUUCUUCCCGUAAAGAACUACCACAAAGAAGAAAAGCUCGACGAAAGUAUAAAUAUACUGGCAUUGUUGGCUUUGCGCAAAAUUUUAAAUUUUGCCGAAGAUUUUCUGGACCAUGAGUUGGAUAAAAAAGAAGAUGGAGAAAAAGGGAUGGAAAAACUUAAAUCUGAAAACUAAGAGAUUCAUGAACUUAUAUCUAAUGUUUUUUUCAUACUUACAAAUCGGAUUUUAAAGGUUCAUAAUAACCGCCGUAUGAACACAUCUACAGACGUUUUAAAUUCAAAUUUUUAUCAUUUUCAUAUCUAAAUGUUUAACUCUGCUGAAGCCGUACAACUACCGUCCAUAAACGGGAAUUUAACCAAGCUUGCAGCUCUUUUACUUUUGCCGUUGCGAUUCGUUUCUCUAUAUGAAAUUACAAAAGCGUUUUUCAAAAGAAUUGUAGGCGUACCUGAUAUUUUUAUGGAUUGAUUAUUUACAUGUUCAAUUUGUGGAAAUUCCCAAAUCAGUUCAUACAAAUCAAAAAGAAAGAUUUAAUAUGUGUGCGGUUUAUCAUAUAAUUAUUGUAUACACAAUACACAUGAAAUAUGUCUUAUAAAAAUUACAAAAUU